GGAUUCAUUGCGAAUUUGCGGUUCAUCAUAUUCUUUCAAUUCUGUAUUAUUACAAUCUUCAUCUUCAUCUUCAUCAUACCACACGCAACUCACAUUACCAGCACAUCUCAAUCGACCACAUCUCAAAUACCAAAAUGUCUACAACUCAACCAUCUCAAUUUACUCAACCCGAUCCUGCCAAUCCAAGAACUACCCCUCUCCUCCACAAUGCAUCCCUCGCUGCUCUCAUCGUUUGUCCAAUUGUUAUGCUUAUCCCACCCCGCAAAAUGGAUGUCUAUACUUUCGCUCUUAUGACCACCACAUUUAUUGGAGGUAAUCACUUGGCCUACGAAUAUACCGGUGUCUCAAUGAUGACCCGCAUACAAAAUCGUGUAUCGUCUAUCUCAACCACGGAAUUGCCCGAAAAGGCAAAAGAAACUCAGAGAAGAAUCCGAGAAGCACAAGAGAAGAAGAGAAUGGAGGAGAGUGGAAAGUUUCUAGGUCAGACUUUUAAAUCGCAGGACGAAGGUGCAAAGGGCAAGAGUGUACUCGAGGCAUUAGAACAGAGAAGUGCUGGCCAACCAACUUCUGGAAAGAUUCAAACAGAGGAAAAAGAAGGUGUCUUGGAAAAAUUGUGGCUGGGGGGUGAAGGGAAAGAUUGGAAAGAAAAAAGAGACCAAAAGGAGAAAGAAGCUUUGGAGGCAGGGAAAGGGUAUGGCGAUCUGAUCAUGGAACAAAUAUGGGAAGUGUGGAAUAGAGGAGAGAAGAAGAUGGAAGAAGUCAAAAAGAUUGACGAGACAGUGGUAGAUGAGAGGAGGAAAUGAAUGGGUAGUGCGAUUAUACUUUUUAGACGGAACGGGCAUUGUAUGAAUCUAAGCUGGACCGGGCAAGGCGUUAAAGGUGCAACAGGUAUGAUGCUGCAUUGGUGUAGAUCUAUCAGAUCUUGGAGGUUUGAAUUCAUUUGCGGAAAACACGGUGGAAGAUUGGGCUCCAUCCACUCAAGCUCUGGCCGGGGUAAUAUGAAAUGGUCUCUAAGGAUCGCGUCAUUUAUUUCAGCUCUACUCUUCCUCACUUGGCUACACAGUGCAGUUGUACGUUGCCACCCGGGCAGAAGUUUUAAGAUAAUCGGGGGAAAAUUGAAUUGACAACAGUCUGCUGCGCAUGAACUCUAUCCAUCUAUUCACGUCCACGUCACGUUCGUCGGAUCCCUUGAUAAUGAACUCAGUCCGUCGACAUUCAAUGUCACUGUUGCAUGAAGGGAUCCUUAGGGAUUUUUAGUUCACCCAUAAGGCGAGGAUUCGACGAUCAUCACAACUUCACAACUAAGGUCCACGCACUAUUUUUCAACACGAAUGUUAUCUGCGACAUUGAGGAAACUCUCGUCGCCCACAGACCAUCAUCUUCUACUAAAACUCUAAACCAAUCAAUAACCUGACAUGGCAUUUAUUACAAGAGGAAAGUUCUCCAAAAUCCACCGUUCGCACGGACA